GUAAACUAAUCUACAAAGCAUUUUAUAUGCUAAUAGCGGGGAAGAGUGGAGUGUGGAAGUUUAACUAAGUUGUCGAUCGUCAUCAUGAGCUAUUUCCUGAAAAGGGUUGCAGAUUCUAAACGAAGAUUUCUCGAUCGAGCUGUGGCGAUAGCUGCUGCUGGUUCAACACUCUUACUGAAACCUGCCUUCAAAUUUAUAAUCUUUGGUAGACGGACGCUUAUUAACCUGCCUUCAAAUUUAGGAGCAUCUGUGACAGCGCGGGUCCCUUUUCCAUUACAAAAUUCUCAAGUGCUGCAUAAUUUGCUUCCACGACAUUUACCUUAUUUCGACCAAGCUGGAAUACUUGGGUUCUCUUCUUAUAGAGUCGGUCCGGUUCCUUCACCCGACAUAUCUAAGGAAACUUCUGGGGCUGUUGGGUCAAAGUCAAGUGAUUAUUUUGGCAGACAUACUAUUGCAAAUGCUGCUGCUAAAGUUGGACCUGCUGUUGUUAAUAUUACUGUUUCCCAAGAUUUGUAUGGUAUUACCACAGGAUUGGGAAUAGGAUCAGGAUCGGGAACCAUCAUCAACAAGGAUGGUACAAUCUUGACACGUGCUCAUGUCGUGUUUGAUUUUCGACGCACCAGAAGUUUAUCCGAAGGGGAGGUUGAAGUCACUUUGCAAGAUGGAAGGACAUUUGAGGGGAAAGUGGUAAAUGCUGACAUGCAUUCAGAUAUUGCUAUUGUGAAGAUCAAUUCUGAAACCCCACUACCAGAAGCAAAACUUGGUUCUUCAAGUACGCUUCGUCCUGGGGAUUUGGUCAUAGCCAUGGGCUGUCCGCAUUCCCUUCAGAAUACUGUCACCGCAGGCAUUGUAAGUUGUGUUGACCGGAAAAGUAGUGAUUUGGGUUUUAGUGGCACGCCAAGAGAGUAUUUACAAACAGAUUGUGCAGUCAAUGUGGGAUAUUCUGGAGGACCUCUUGUCAACAUGGACGGAGAAGUUAUUGGCGUGAACAUCAUAAAAGUGAAGCAAGUGUCGACUGAUGAUGGGUUGAGUUUUUCUGUACCAAUCGACUCUGUGUCUAAAAUUGUAGAGCAUUUCAAGAAAAGUGGGAGAGUAGUGCGGCCUUGGCUUGGGCUAGAGCUGUUUGAUCUUAACGAGAUGAUUAUUGCGCAGCUUAAAAAGGAAGAUGCUUCAUUCCCUAACGUGGAUAAGGGCAUUCUUGUACCAAUGGUAAUGCCUGGGUCCCCUGGUGAUCGUGCUGGGUUCCAUCCAGACGAUGUUGUCGUUGAAUUUGAUGGGAAACCUGUUGAAAGCAUUAAUGAGGUAAUUGAAAUAAUGUGGGACAAAGUUGGGGUGCCCAUAAAGGUACUAGUUAAAAGGGCAAGUGAUAAAUUGGUGACUUUAACUGUGAUCCCGGAGGAGGAAUCCGAUCUCGAUGUGUAAAAGGUAUACACACAAAAAGACACAUAAAAGGGGUGUCAUUUCUUCCCUUUUUCUUAUUUUUGUCAUAAAAGGAGUUGCUUGAGCUAAUGGAAGCAAAGGAGGUUGAACAGAACAAAUGGUGUUCACAUACUUUAUAGUAUUGCAAGUAUAGAGUUUGACUUCUUCAUGUUGUUCCACAAUAACACAUGAUUUCAUAUAGAUUUUAUCUCCUUUGAUAAUAAACUGGUUUGGUAAUUCUUAUGUAGUAAUCCAUUUGGUUUUAGAAUUUCAUUUUGUUAGCGGUCAAAUAUAAAUCUCACAGGAUAUUUUGAACUUAAAAUCGCCAUUGCCUGCCAGUGAAUCUGGAUAACCUUGUAUUUUAAUCUGCUUUGACAUGAAGCUUCUGCCCGAUCCCUCUAGAUCAUAGUUCCUUAUGAAACCUUCUUGUGUUAUUACAAUACUAUUGCUUUUCAUAUGUUAUAUCUUGGUGCUUCUUAGCUCCAACUAGAAUUCUCUGGGUGUAUUUGAAUAUCUAAGUUCAGUGCUAUAGUGAACUCCA